AUGGUGAACACUGCCGGUCAGGUCAUACGUUGCAAAGCUGCUGUGGCAUGGGAAGCAGGUAAGCCACUAGUGAUUGAAACAGUGGAGGUGGCUCCUCCACAGAAAAUGGAGGUUCGUCUUAAGGUCUUAUACACCUCCCUCUGCCGCACUGAUGUCUACUUUUGGGAAGCUACGGGCCAGAAGCCUUUGUUUCCCCGAAUCCUAGGGCACGAGGCAUCAGGGAUUGUGGAGAGUAUAGGAGAGGGCGUGACGGAUGUUCAGCCAGGUGAUCAUGUCUUCCCAGUGUUUACUGGGGAAUGCAAAGAAUGUGUUCACUGCAAAUCCAAAGAGAGCAACAUGUGCAAUCUCCUUAGGAUUAACACAGACAGGGGAGUGAUGAUUCAUGAUGGAAAAUCACGAUUCUCAAUCAAUGGCAAACCAAUUUUCCAUUUCGUUGGAACAUCUACCUUCAGCGAGUACACUGUGGUCCAUGUUGGUUGUGUCGCCAAGAUCAACCCCCUCGCCCCUCUUGACAAAGUUUGUGGCGUUAGUUGUGGAAUCACCACAGGACUUGGAGCCGCUUUGAAUGUAGCCAAACCGCCAAAAGGCUCAACUGUGGCAGUGUUCGGAUUAGGAACUGUUGGCCUUGCAGCUGCAGAAGGAGCCAGAAUUGCUGGGGCUUCAAGGAUUAUCGGUGUUGAUCUGAACUCUAGCAAAUUUGAGCUGGCUACAAAGUUUGGUGUUACAGAGUUUGUGAACCCAAAAGAACAUAACAAGCCAGUUCAAGAGGUUAUUGCUGAGAUGACUGAUGGAGGAGUGGACAGAAGUAUUGAAUGUACUGGGAAUGUUGAUGCAAUGAUUUCAGCAUUUGAAUGUGUCCAUGAUGGCUGGGGUGUGGCUGUUAUUGUGGGUAUUCCACAUAAAGAUGCUGUCUUUAAGACCCACCCCAUGAAGUUAUUGCAGGAGAGGACACUCAAGGGUACCUUCUUUGGAAACUUCAAAGCCUCAGACCUUCCUUCGCUCGUUGAGAAGUACAUGAACAAGGAACUUGAAUUGGAGAAGUUCAUCACCCACGAAAUCCCAUUCACGGAGAUCAACAAGGCCUUUGAGUACAUGCUGAAAGGGGAAGGCCUUCGAUGCAUCAUUCGCAUGGAUGGUUGAAGAGCAACAAACCCCUCUGAUUUCAGUGUUCAGUUGUUUGUUUGUUCAGCUGAAAAUAAACUAUGUUCAGUUGUUUGCUGUAAAUUAUUUAUGCCCUAGCAAUAUCUCGUAACUAAGCUAUGACACUGCGAGUGUAUUAGAGUGUGUACAACUGGAGAGCGUAUAUAAUGAGAGUGUGUGUACAUAUAUAAUGAGUUAAUUGGAGUAUGUGUAACUACGUAUUGUG